UGUGUGUGUGGUUGCCCACAGUGGUGUGCUGCAGUCCGCUGUCUGCCCUUGUUGAGUGAACUACAUGGACAUUAGCGGGCGCAGCGGCACAACCACCAAGCCAAAGUGGAUUAAAACAACGCGCGUGCGUAGAGACACUCGAUAAACGGUUCUGUAAUCAAGUUAGAAAUCCCGGUGUGCUAGAGCAGGUCCGUUACACCAAUUUGCAACUGCGAAACAGCAAGGGAAAGGCUCUUAGUAAAGCCAGUAGUGCGUUGUGUGUCAGGCAGGGAGAGAGCUCGGCGGGAAUGGCUUCAUCUCCGUGCGGCAACAGUAACUUUGAUUCCGGUCUGGAAAUCAAAACUCGCUCUGUGGAGCAGACGCUUAUUCCUUUAGUAUCGCAGAUCACCACUCUGAUCAACCAUAAAGACAAGCCAAAGAAGUCCGAGCGCACCCUGGCAGCCAUACACAGGGUGGGCCAGACAGUGAGUGUGGCUGUGGGACGUUUUGUCACUGUAGGGGAGGCCAUUGCCACAGAGAAUCAAGAGCUCAAGGAUGAGAUGGGUCAAGCCUGCUUCGAGGCACGCAGAGCAGGUGAUGCCAUAGCCCAGCUGACAGAUGUGGGAGAUGGACGUGUCACGGUGUUCAGUGAUAGGACAGGGAUGGUGAAGGCUGCCCGCUUGCUCCUCUCUUCAGUCACCAAAGUCCUUGUCCUGGCUGACCGCAUCGUCAUCAAACAGAUAAUCACAUCACGCAACAAGGUCCUGGUCACGCUCGACCAUCUGGAAAGAGUCAGCACCUUCCAGGAAUUUGUUCAAAUUUUCAGCCAGUUUGGCAACGAGAUGGUGGAGUUUGCCCACCUCACUGGAGACAGACAGAAUGACUUAAAGGAUGAGAAGAAGAAAGCACGGAUGGCAGCAGCCAGAGCAGUGCUGGAGAAAUGCACCAUGAUGCUCCUCACAGCCUCCAAGACUUGCCUGAGGCACCCAGAUUGCGAGUCAGCGCGGAUCAACAAGGACGCUGUGUUCCACCGGAUGCGCUGUGCCCUGGAGCAGGUCAUCGAGAUAGUCACAGAGGCACGGAGCUGUGGGGAGAACAAGAUCCUUCCUGCCAGCAUCUAUAACGGCAUCAAGGACUUCAAGUCCAGUGUGGAGUGCCUGCGGGAGAACCUGUACUCCCUGUCCCCCCCGAACAUGGGCAGCCAGCUGGAGGCACUGGUGGAACGGACAGAGGACUUCACUGAUUCAGCCUACACUAGCCACGAGCAGCGGCAGGCCAUCCUCGGUCUGUGCCAGCUGGCCCGGCAGGACACCCAGCAGCUGGUGAACGCCUGGGUUGAGGCGCAGUCUGUCCAUGCCAAAGAAGCCACAGAGGACAUGGAGGUGGCCAUCCUGAAGACAUGCCAGAGUGUCGGUGACCUCAGACGUGAGCUCCAUAAGGUGGCAGUCAUUCGUGCCACUGACCUGCUCAAAGUUCACGGGGAGCAAUUGCCUCUACGGGCUCUCAAAGCAGCAGGAGCCGAGGGAAACCUGGAGGCAAUGGCUGAGUAUUCGCGCAAGCUCACCGAGCAGAAGGAGCAGCUGGUAGAGACAUGUCGGCUGCUGUGCCAUGUGUCGGGCACAGAGCCUCUGGAGAUUACUUGUGUACAUGCUGAGGAGACCUUUCAUGUCAUUGGUCCACAGAUCAUCUCGGCAGCCCAGACUCUGGCCCUCCAUCCAUCCAGUAAGAUCGCCAAAGAGAACCUGGAGGUGUUCUGCGAGGCCUGGGAGUCGCAGCUCUGUGACAUGGCCCUGCUACUGAGAGAGAUCAACGACGUUUUUGAAGGCAGGCGAGGAGAUAAAAGACCCUAUUUAUCACUUCCCAGACCCGGGAAACACUCGGCUAACUUGAAGACUGCCAAGGCUGUCAAGUUGGAUGCAGAGGAGCAGACAAGCAUGGCCAAGCUGGGUCUGGAGCUCCGUCUGCUGUCGUCGGACGUGGACACAGAGGUGGAGAAAUGGGAAGAGCAGGAACACGACAUUGUCCGACAGAGCCAGAGCCUGGCCAGUAUGGCCUACAACAUGUACCUGUUCACCAGAGGAGAGGGGCUGCUGAAAACAACAAUAGAUCUUUUUCAUCAAGCUGAGGUUUUUUCUGAAGAGGGGCUACAGCUGUGCUCAUCUCUACGCACUUUUUCCACUCAGCUGGUUGAUGAGGAAAAGUCUGUGAUGAUGACAGAGAUGGAGAAACUGUUGGCAUUAUGCCAAAAGCUGCAGAUGGGGGCCAAGACUCCUGUACAGGGGAAGACUGCCACCUUCCAGAAGGUGGAAUCAUCCAUUCAGACAACCAGAGGUGUCCUGACUGUGGUCCUCUCCCUCCUUUCAUUCUGCAACAAGCUGAAGAAAAAGCACAAUCCAGAGAGGAGUAGCCUGGGUUCCCCGCGGGACUGGAAAGAGAGGCAAGACGCGCCAACACCCGUCAAAGAGGAGGGAGCUCUCAACAGCAAGAACAGCAACGGCUUUGGUGUCAAAUCCUUGGAGCAGCACGUGGCCGGUCUCAACCUCCUGGAGAACAUGUAAAAUCCAGAAAAUACUUCCCUUUCCUCAUCCUCAAGCACCCACCAGAAAGUGGGCUAGAGCUCUUUGGUCAAGAUGGUUGCCUCAGGUCCGUCAAAGUUUGUAUUUGCUGUCUGAAUGAUGGUUUACAAAGGAAAAAGCUGAUCCAAGCUUUCUGUGCCCAGGGGCAGUUUUAACCCAGGGUAGCUUGUUACCUGAAGCACCCGUUCCCCCCCAGCCCACAAGAUGGAGACAAUCAGCCAACACUAUGAGUUUGCCAUUUUUAGAAAACAAGAGGGGCCGGACACAUGCCUGAUUUUGGAGUCACGUUAACCAUGUCUCUGAAUACUGAGUUGACAAACUGAUCGGAAAUCAAGAAAGAACUCCUCUUAAUGCUCAGCCAUACAUCUGUCUCCCCUAUGUGCCGCUUUGUAACUAGCUUUUUUGCUUUUUGAUGUACUGUAUACCGUGUACAUGUUGCACGUUAGCCAAAUGGAGGGUGAAAAAUAAAGUUAAACGGCAGCAAACCCACCACGCAUGAUGCCUUCAUCACCAAACCCUUGUUUGAGUCUCUUAUGUAUCAUAGGCUUGUAAUGUUAACAGUGUAAUAUUAGACAUAGUGGUACAUCUAGUUCUUGAUCAAUGGCAUUGUACUCAUCACUUGGAUAAAUAAGUAUUUAAAAAGCCAACCACUCCAUAUGAGGAAUGACUACCUUCCAUACAGUUUGCCAUGUAAUCCUAGUAACAAAAUCCCAAUUUAACGCCAAAUAUGAUUGUCUUCAUGACUACGCUGUGAUCUUCAGCUUGCUUCUAGUGUGAAAUAUAAAGCUCUUACACCUCCAGUGUACAUCACUGGAGACUUAAAUUUAUUUAGGCCUUGUUUUUCCAAAA